GAUAAGCACUUUCUGAGGACUGAAGGACCUGCUAAAGGGAACACCUGCUUUUGAGGUUGCAGAGGUGCUAAAGCAUGGCCGACCUGGAUCACAACCUCAGCCUCGCGGAUGCUCUGACCGAGCCGCCCCCCGAGAUCGAGGAGGAGGUGAAAAGGGACUUCAUUGCCACCCUGGAAGCAGAGAAAUUUGACGACGUGGUUGGUGAAACGGUGGAUAAAACAGACUACGUUCCUCUGCUGGACGAUGACGACGCCAAAGCCGGGAGCCAGGAAGCAAAAAACAAACCCCACGCGGACGGUUUUCAGGUGGAACAUACUUCAGCUUCUGGGCCAACGGUCAUAGAAAACGGUGACCACGGGAUAGAUCACCGCACAGUUUUCCCAGGAGAAAUCAUGGAUGAAAAGCUGUCUUACAAGGACUUCCUCGACCGCAACGACUCGUGGACGAUGGACGACAGAGACCUGCACUUUGAGUCGCAGCCCGUCUUCAAACCCAUGGAGGGGGCCGACCCCUUCAGCAUGCACAGAGGGGAGACUCUGCCUGAUUUAUCAUUCUCUACUGACAUGAAGAAUGUGCCGCUGUUCCCAGAUUAUGUUGACACUUCCAGAGAUGUCCAUGCCCCACAUGGAUCUAUGGUGGUACCUGAGCAAACUUACUUGGGGCCCAUGUAUUCUUCUGCAGAGGCUCUCAACUCACCAGCCUUCGUAGGCCUGGUUUCACCCACAGAAUUUCUACAAGACAAAGCAGUGCCUGAAGAACAUUGGAUGGGAGCUCAGCCUGAUGCGAAGGGACCAGAUGCCUCUUUCUUUGUUGAGCCAUCAGUGCCCCCCACAGCGACCGAAACCAUCAAGGAUUUACCGGAAAACCCCGCAGCGGUGACUCCUGGCGUCGUCCCUCCCACGGUACCGGUGUCCCCAGGAGGGGCUGGAGCUGCCGAUGGACCAAAAGGUGCCACCACAGAUGCAGCCUCUGUUCCUGCCUGGGAUGUCACCGCCGUUGCUGCGGAAAACGCUGGCUCCCUUCUCGCAGGGGACACCGUGCCCCCCCAGGCUCUGGAUGCUGGAUUUGCCCCCGUGGCAGAAACCAACCCUUUUCAGGCCGUGGAUGUUGGGUUUGCUCCUGCGCCAGAAGCCAAGGGUCCUCCUGCUGUGGAUACUGGCUUUGCCCCAGCAGCAGAUACCAUGUCCCAUUACACUAUGGAUUUGGAGUUUGCCCCAGCAGAAGAUGCAGGGUUUGCCCCAGCACCAGGUAUGGAGUCUCACCACGCUGUGGAUUUGGGGUUUGCCCCAGCACCAGAUGUGGAGUCUCACCAUGCUGUGGAUUUGGGGUUUGCCCCAGCACCAGAUGUGGAGUCUCACCAUGCUGUGGAUUUGGGGUUUGCCCCAGCACCAGAUGUGGAGUCUCACCACGCUGUGGAUUUGGGGUUUGCCCCAGCACCAGAUGUGGAGUCUCACCAGGCUGUGAAUUUGGGGUUUGCCCCAGCAGAAGAUGCAGGAUUUGCCCCAGCAGCAGAUGUGGAGUCUCACCACGAUGUGGAUUUGGGGUUUGCCCCAGCACCAGAUGUGGAGUCUCACCACGAUGUGGCUUCUGGAUUUGCCCCAGCAGAAGAUGCAGGAUUUGCCCCGGCAGCAGAAAUCAACCAUCACCACACGAUGGAUUCUGGGUUUGCUCCUCCAGCAGAAGCCAAACCUCUCCCUGCCCUGGAUUCUGGGGUUGCCUCCACAGAAGCCAAGUCCCCUUCUGCAGCAGACACCAAGGCUGCAGCAUCCGAGGAGCUGACGACACCCAAGUCUUCUGUUGAGCAAGACAAGUCGCCCUUCGACAAACCUCCUGCAGAAGCAAAACAGGAAUCGAAAGUCCCAGAAGCUUGUGUUGGUCCUUCAGAGGCAGCUGAAGGCGGCCGAGAACCUCCCGGUCCCCAGGAGGAACAUCUUCCACCUCAGACCAACCAUCGCUCGGAACCAGCAGUUCCAGUAGAAGCAAAAGAAGCCGUUGCACUAGAAAAUAAAGACCUCACUCUGGAGAAAUCUGGGAUUUCUGUGGAUGUUGCUGUUCCGGAGAAGGAGGCUGAACACAACCACGUCCAACACGCAGAACCUCAGCAAGAAAAACCCCCGCAGGAACCCACAGGUCUCCCCACUGCACAAAUAAGGCACGCUCACAAAUCCAGUGAACGCAGGUUUGGCAGAGCAAAACCUGCCCCGGUGCCUAUUGCCGAUGUCCCAGAGGAGCGGCCGGUGGGUCUCCCGCUCCGGAAGAGCCCUGACCCAAAAGUAGACCCCUGUUCUCUUGCCGAACUCGGAUCCUUUGCUGGGACCUCCCCUCGCAGUUGGGUUUCCCCUCCAAAGGCGCCGGAGCAGCCGCCCAACGCGGGGCCGGAGUUUGCGGGGAGCUGCAGGGACCUGCCGAGGGAGAGCUGGGAUCCGGAAGGUUCUCUGGCCGUGGCGAAGAAAAAGAAGAAGAAACCGAAACAAAAGAGAAACCAGCUGCCCAGAUCCAUGGAGUUCUGGGAUGACAGAGCUCCCAGAAAUUCUCCCUUUGCUGUUGAAUCCCAAAAACCAGCCGUCUGUCCCGUCCUGCCGGCCGAAGCUCGCCAAGAGCAGGCGGUUGGAAGCAGAGCUCCAGGAAUUCCAAAGGAGGCUAAAACCCUACCGGGAAUUCAUAUCCCGGAGGAGGAACGUGCCUUCUCGGUGCCAGCCCCAGGACAGGCCCAAAAACCCACCGUGCCCUUAGAGGCCGUUGUCUCGGAUGCAAAAAAUGGAGACGUUGUGAAAAGAGAAGAAAGGAGAGAUGAGGGUUGGGUGUCACGGUCCAAAGGCAGAAGAAGAGAAGGUCCCUCACAGGAGAUGGGCACGGCCAAGGGGGAGGAAUCUGUUGCAGCAAAGGUGCCAACCAAGCCCAUGGAAAGAGAUUUUCUUGAUAAAAAUGAGAAGAGGGAGUGUAAGGAGUCAAAACGUGCCGACCCGAUGCCGUCUGUCUCGGAAGCCGUUGAUUUAAGCAAAGUAGAAACAACUUUAGAGACCAAGCCUCCAGAAUUGCUCCUUUCUGAUAAAUCUAAGGAGGCCAAAUGCGCGUCUCCUGGGCGCGAAGCGUUUGGUGACACCCUCCAUCCCCAGCUGCAGGCACAGGAAGAGAAAAGAGGUGGUUUUGACAAAACCAAAGGGGUUGGGAAUGGAUGCCCCCAAGAACCUGCUCUUCUGGAGGCCACGGUCCCCAUGGAGAAGCUUCCUAAUGAGCCAAAGGCAGCUGGUGGGAUUAAACCAGUGUCCUCCGACAAGCGCCUUGGCUUUAGUGCUUCAGAGGGAGUAGCGAAAUCUCCGACAGAUACGACUGAAAUGCCUGUUACGCCCUUAAUUUUACCCAAACCUGAGGCAGUCGCUGCUUUGCAGAGGGGAAAAGCUGAGGGUUUUUCAGAGCAGCCUUUUCUUCCCCUGGCAAAAUCCGAGACGACGCUCCAGCCCGGCCGGGUGGGAGCAGGGGAUGGAGUCACAGGAGCAGGGGAUGGAGUCACAGGAGCAGGGGAUGGAGUCACAGGAGCAGGGGCUGGAGCCACGGCAGCAGAUUCCCCCGCGACAGACAAAGGGAGAGGAUUGAGCGGGUUAGAGCAGCAGACUGGAAGAGAUCCCAGCGCGGCACAGGGCAUGGACAGGCCGAAAAAAAAGCGGGGUGAAGGGAAAGGGAAAAAAACCCAAAGCUUCCCCGAGCAGGCGAUGCUUUGGGAGGGUUUAGGCAAACCUGGUGAUGGAGCAAGGGCAGAGGAGGCUCUAAAAGAGAUGGGUUUCCCUGAUAAAGGCAGAGGUUUUCCUGCCCGAGGCCACCCGUCGGGGAGCGGUACCCACGCUUACCCCGCCGACAAGCCCAAAAAGAGAGGUAGCGACGGGAGAAGCAAAAAAAGUGAAAGAAGCUUUUUCCAGCAGCCUUUUCUGGAGACUAAGAUGGAGCCAAGGGGUUUUCCUGAGCUGACUGAUAAAACGAAGGGAGGUAGCGAUCAAGGCGGAGAGAGGGGCUGUUUUGCUGCCGAGGGUUUUCAGGAGGGUGCAUCCGGUGUAACCAGGAUGCAAAAGUCAAUUGAAUUGGUCACAGAGAAGCCGAAAGAAAACAUUGGGAAAAGUGAAAUAGCUGAGUCGGGUGGUUUAGCCCAACCGUUCCCGCUGGGGAGCGGGGGAGAGGAAAAGCAUCUUGCUGUGGCUGACACCAUCAGCACGAGGGAGGAGGUAGAUUUAAUUAAUCAAGGCAAAGAGGCUGGAAUUGCUUCCGCAGGCGAAGCGGCUGCGAUAAAUUCUGAUGCCGCAGACAAAGCUCGGAAGAGGUGUAGUGAUGGGAAAAGGAAAAAAUCUGAGAAAAGCCCUUUGGGGCAGGCGGCUCUCCCCGAUGCAGGGGGGGAAAAAGGCCGUUCUCCGGGGAGAGAGGAGGGAGCUGGAAACACAAAAGAAACGAGCUUGGGUAAAGAUAAAGUGUCUGGUUUGGAAAGAGAGGUUUUGGUGGAGAAUCUGGCAGGUGUGACCAAAGAGGUGCUGGAAAAGCCACCGAGUGACAAUAGAAGAGGUUUCUCUAGUCAGCCGGCUCUUUCAGGUCAGAAAAUAGAGGCAGUGGAGCCAGAAAUAGUCAACACUAAAGAAACUUGGCCCUUGAGUAAAGGUGAGGAACUAGAGAGACCCCAGCCUCCCCCAGAGCGUGGGGCAGAGGCGGCUGCGGCACGUGGUCCCACCAGGGAGCUGGGGAUGGACAAGCCUAAGAAAAAAAGUAGAGAUUUCAAAGGCAAAAAGGCUGAAAACGAUCCCGAGCCCCCUGUGCUGGGUCCAGGUGACGUCCCUGCGACAGGUGAAGAGGUGGGAGAUGUUAAACAACCUCAGUCUGUUGGUAAAGGCAAAGAGGAGGGGGCUCCAGCGAUCCUGCCAGGUGAGCCGAGGGAUCCUGCUGGAAUCCCAGCUCCGGCUGUUCCUCCAGAGCCAGAAAAAUCCCAGGCAAAUAACAAAGAGAAAUGCAAACAGAUGGAGGGUGACUUGCAGCAGCCGUGUCUCCUGGAGCAUAAAACAGGAGCGGAGACGCUUCCUCCUCAUGAUGUGGAGAAAACCAACACGUGUGAAGCAGAAAGUCCCGCUCCUUGUGGCAGAGGGGGUGGAAUUCCCGUCCCAGGGUCUCCGGCGGCAGCUGAUCCCGCUCCCACUGAUAGAUCUAAAAAGAGGGGUUAUGAUGGAAGCAGUAAAAAGGCUAAAAAGGCCUCUGAGCAACCUCUUUUUCUCGAGCCAAAAAAGAACAAGAGAGAAGCGCAACCUCCCGCGGGGUCUGCGAUGGGAUACGGGCUGGAAGACACGGAUUUUGUCGAUGAAAACAGAAAUAUUAAAAACUUCCCCGUUGGCCCUCAAAUGCUUUGGAAUAAUAAAGGAACCCAGUUGGAGUCCUCUGCUCAGCCUGCAGGAGCUGGCCCUGACAACGCCAGCGAGGUUUCCUCUGGCUUCCCAAAGCAGAGAGACGAGGGGAUGAGGAGUAAGGACCUUCCUCCUCCUCCUUCUUCUUCUCUUCCUCCUCUUCCUCCUGAAGCAGUGGCCAAAGACAGCAGCAGAGAACUGGGGUCUGGCACGAAGAAGGAGAACCAGGCACAGAAAUCUUGCGAGCGACCGACCGACCUGGGACACGAAGAGCCUGGAAAAGAUGUUUUGAAGAAAGAUGGCAAAACCCAAGUGGCUGGUUCCCAGGACGGGAGCGAGAUGGAUAAACCUCUUUCUGCGGAUGGUUGGGUUAAACAGGAGGUGAAAUCAAAGAAGGAUGAAAUUGACCUUUCUCCUGUGGCCAAGGUGGGGGAUAAAGAAAUAAAACCCACUGAUAAAAAGCAAAAUGCUGACAGCGUUUCCCCAGACCUUCUGCAGAAGGUGGAAGACUCAAACAACAGACCGGCUGCUAUAGACACCAAAGGGACAGAGAAACCAGAAGGAGCCAUCUCCUCUGGAGAGAAGGCCACGGGGUGGGUUUCCCCAGGAGUCGCAGCGGUACCCGGCAGCGGGGCAGGAGCAGGGAGGGAGGAUAAAGCUGGAGAAGCUGAGCUGGAUGGAGGUAGGAAGGGCGAGCAGAUACUGGACAAUCAAGUGGCCGAAGGGGAAGCUGCUGAUUUAAACCAGACACCUGCCCAGACAACCCAGAUAAGUCCCCAAAAUGCCCAUAAAGGCCGUUCUGAGGCGGCAGCAGAAGAUGCUGCUGGUGCUGGGGAAGCCCACCUGAAGGAUGCCCCAACCUUGAAGUCCCAAGCGGAUAAAUCCGAAGGCACAACCAAAGAAAAAGAAGAAGAACGUGACCAAAAAGCUAUGAAGGAGGCCAAGAAAGAGAGAGUUAGAGUGGCAGAACCCAUAAAAGGCUACAUGAGACCCACAAAAUCUCGAGGGGUGCCACCUCUGCCAGCCAGGGCUGCUCCUCCGGACCGGGAGAGAGAAAAGCAGCCGAGACCGGGGGCUCUGAGCCGGCCCCAGCGGCAGGAGAAAGGAAAACCAGAAGAGACCAAACCAGCUGAAGCUGUGACAGGGAACGAUAUCACAGCACCCCCCAACAAAGAGCUUCCUCCCAGCCCUGAGAAGAAGACAAAGCCUGCCGCCUCCGCCUCCUCCACAAAACCUGCCGCCACGAAAGCCAGGCCCUUGUCAGCCCCCAGCCCCAAACGGCCGCUCUCGGCCCCCGCUGACCCAAACAAAAAACGCACCAGCCCCACGGCAGGUCCUCCUUCGGCCACCGCCGCCAAGCGCCCGGCCACCGGCACCUCCCGUCCCUCCUCCUCCUCCUCCUUAGCUCCGAAAGAGACGAAACCAAAGGUUGCAGAUGGGAAGGCCCCGGAGAAGAAGACCUCACUUUCGAAGCCUCCGUUGUCGGCCGCCACCAGAAGCGCUGCCAGGAGCAGCCCUGCUCCUCCUCGCUCCGCGGCGGCGGCGCCGGUCACCGCUGCUGCUGCGAAAACCACUGCUGCUUCUCCUCCCAAGAGGCCAACCUCCAUCAAGACGGAUGCGAAGCCUGCGGAUGCGAAGAAGACCUCUGCAAAGUCACCCUCAGCAGACUUGAGCCGCCCUAAGAGUGGAAAUGCAGUAAAAAGUAGUGCCACCACCACUUCUACCACCGCUUCCAGCACAUCUACUGUACCCGGAGUGGCCACCAGUCGGCCCAAACCCAAACCUGCCCCAACCAAACCCACCACCACCUCAACCGCGACAGCGGAUGCUAAAAAAACGACCACUAAGACUCCGACUAAACCCAGCUCCGUCUCCAAGUCGCCUCGUCCCACCAGCAGCGUUUCUGCUCCCGACCUGAAAAACGUACGUUCCAAAAUCGGAUCAACAGAUAACAUUAAACACCAGCCGGGUGGAGGAAAGGGGAAAAUAGAGAAAAAGCCAGAAUCAACCUCUGCUGCGCGAAAGUCUGAACCCAAUGCGGUCUCUAAAAUGGCUACUACUAAAACAACCGUAUCAAAAGAGGGUGCCCCCAAACAGCCCAAUGGGAAAGUCCAGAUAGUCUCCAAAAAAGCGAACUACAGCCAUGUUCAGUCCAAGUGUGGUUCCAAGGACAAUAUUAAGCAUGUCCCUGGAGGUGGGAAUGUGCAGAUCCAGAACAAGAAAGUCGACCUUUCCAAAGUGUCCUCGAAGUGUGGCUCGAAAGCAAAUAUCAAGCAUAAGCCAGGGGGAGGAGAUGUCAAAAUUGAGAACCAGAAGCUGAAUUUCAAGGAGAAGGCCCAGGCCAAAGUGGGUUCUCUGGACAACGUGGGACACUUGCCGGCAGGAGGAACUGUGAAGGCUGAGGGGCAGGUCCCAGCCCCCCAGAACGGGGAGGUGCCAGCGGCCCCCCCGGGCGCUGAGACGCGGGAGAAUGGCGUGGGGCCGGCCGUGCCCCCCCCCCUCAGCGGGGGCGACCAAAGGGAGAUCCAGAGCUUCGAGACCCAGAUACAAGAAACAAGCAUCUAAUGAUGACAUUAUGGUAUCGUCUUCCAU